AUGCAGUCCGGAAUCUCAGCGUCCGCGGACCUCCACGGUGCCUUCACCAACUUCACGUCGGACAGCACUCUUUUCUGCCUCCCUGUCACCAUCACUUCCGAAUCUCUAACUUCCUUACCCUCGAUCCCCUUUCCCUCGACCUCGUCCACCUUCUCCUCCUCCCUAUGCUCCCUCGACAGCCUCCUCAACCCCACCACACCACUAUACCUUUUGCUUCGUAAAACCCCCUUGCAACCCGAGCUGGUGGCGAUCACAUACAUCCCGUCACGGGCACCUGUUCGGCAAAAGACGCUGUUUGCAUCGACACGCGCGACACUCGUCCGUGAACUGGGCAGCGAGAAGUUCGCGGAGGCCAUCUUCCUCACGGAGCGCGAGGAGAUCCUCGACCCAGGGCAAUGGGAUGAGCGUGCGGGCACGGGCUCAACGUCGGCCUCUGCAGCGCAGGCUUCCGAAGGCGUUGAUAUAGGGCUGUUGAGCACCCAAGAGCGCGAACUCCGAGCCGUCAAGCGCGCGGAGGAAGAGGAGCGCCAUGGAACCCGCGGUCGAGAUCUUAUGAACGAAGGUGGUAGUGGUGCGAGUUGGAUCGGAACUCGGGACGGUGACAGUGCCGCUACCCGCAGCGGGGUCACGAUGAGAAUCACCGACGAGGCGAAAUCCGCUAUGGCUGAGCUGACGACUGCAUCUGUUGCUGGAGGUCUGAUGGUGCAGUUCGGUAUCGACAUUCCCACUGAGUCGCUCACGCUGAUCAACUCGAAGCCUGACGUCGCGCCGGACACCGUGGCCGGUCUCAUCCCAGCAGAUCGCCCGAGUUAUACGUUCUACACAGUCCCAAACUCCAGCGGUGGUGGUGGCGCCGGGUCGAUUUUCAUCUACGUGUGUCCGGGGACGAGCAAAAUUAAGGAACGCAUGAUGUACGCCAGUUCGCGCCAAGGGGUGUUGCAUACUUUCGAGGGCGAGGGGGGCAAGGUCCUCCGCAAACUUGAGGCGGGAGAUCCAGAGGAGCUAGGAGCCGGGAGGCUAGAGGAGGAAGUCAAGACUGUGUCUAGUGCCGGUGCUGCCGGUUUAGGGGUAGGAAGUGAUGGAAAUGGUGACGAUUCGGCGCCUGGGCCUGACACCGCAACACCGAGGAGCGGGUUUGCUAGGCCGAAGAGGCCGGGAAAGCGGUAG